CGCCAAAGUUAGUCCGGGCCACACGCCCACUAGGUCCCAUCUCCAGAACCGACUUAGGACGACUACCCUGCCUCGGUGGUGUGGACAUCAUCGAUUGACGACGAGACAAUUGGCAAGUCACAAUGCAUCCAACAAGAAUAUUACGAUCCUACCAACCUCACGGCGAGCGCCCGAACAUUACCGGCUUCGACGUCAGGAAGUUUGUCGCCUCGACAGGGACCCCGCGUUACGAUCCGUGGGAGAGAUCGGAGGCAUGGCGAUAUAGGGGAAUCUUCACCAGAUGGAACCGGUUCAAGGGCGCCUUUCCCGGACUCGGCAUCGGCACGGCGGCCUUCGUGGCAUACUGCGCGUACGAGCAUUAUUUCAUGAAGGAUGAGCACCACGGCGAGGGCCACGGGGAAGGUCACCACUGAGCACUGAGGCGAACCUGUGGAGGGGACACUGUACAUAUAGAUGUGGGAUGAAGCAUUGCCAGACCAGACACCUCUGCGUGCUGCAUAUGUGCAAGUCUUGAACCUGCGAUGCUCCCGGGGCGAGCUGAAGUUUGCUGGGGAAAGGACAAGCUACGGGUGCUGACGCUUGAGCUGAGGGCUGAAUAAACCCGUGCCUCCCCCCUGACAAGAGGUACCGAUCACAAAAUGGGAAUUUCCCGUUCUCACUAUUCUCUACAAGCAGCUGUUCUGGCGAAUAUUGCUCCUCAAGCUUGGAAUCCUUCUAGGAUGGGUGUAUUUCUGAUUCGUCUGUAUAAUUGGGGCGCGUGUACCCUGUCAUACGCCAAUACGUGAUCUAUAUAACUUUGAACCUGAA